AUGGCUGCCAGCUGUCUUACGGCCUUUGCACUGGAAUAUCAAGUGAUGCAGUUUGCGGCACGAAAAACGGCAAGACAUGUGCUGGAUCUGGUCUUGGAAACUGCUGCUCAAGUGGAGGCUAUUGUGGAAGCACUGGCGCUCAUUGUGGCCAGGGAUGCCAAAAAGAUUCAUCGAGCGGCUGCCUCACAGCCAACAUCCCGUCUGUUGAUGGCACUUGCGGCUCUAGCAAGGGAGGUUUCACAUGUGCUGGUGGGCCUUUUGAUGAUCAAUGCUGUAGCUCUUCAGGGUUUUGUGGAACGAGCUCUUCGCAUUGCGGAACUGGCUGCCAACCUGGCUCUGGACGCUGCACUUAGAAGACGAAAAGAUUUUGCGUGUUUGCAAUUUCAGGAGUCAGGAAGCGAGCUCUUGAUAACUUAA